AGUUAGCUCCUAUGACCCGGCCAUUGCAAUCCACAAAGGUCAAACUGGGCUGGGAUCUUGUGGUAGUGAUAUGUAUGAGGUGGAGGACAAUAUUCCGCUUGCUAACCGUGUGCGCAUGUUGGCUGAGUUGGGGGCACAAAAAAGGAAACUCCCCUUCCGAGAGAAGGUGGCAGCGGAGCCAAACAGAUCACCUUACUAUAUAAGGACUGUUGACAUGGGCCAACCAAUUACAAAGAAGGAGACAAAUCUGUGGGACUACAUACACGCCGAUGAAAGCCCAAUGCACCUUUUAAGUGGAUUUUGUCGUAGGAAGCGGGCAAUGGAGGCAAACAUGAGGGAACAGGGUUCUUCGUCAGUGGCUGAUGUAGAUAGUCCGAUACAUAUGUCUGUGGAGUUGCUGUUCAGAAGCCCUACCCACGUACAAGCAUCUCGGUCUAUGUUCAAGAGUUUAAAUGUUGGCAAUGAGGUCUCGGAUGGCAUUAUUGACUGUUGGGCGGAGGUGCUGAACUUCCAGGAGAAAAGAAAAUCACGGGAGGCUUACAGUAGACAAUUUUUUGGGACUAAAGUUGUGGUAAGUGCCAUGUAUAUAUAAAUUACAGUGUGUCCUAUUGGUGACCUUAUUAAUUUCUCUGUUAUGCUUGAAGUUUCCA